AUGUCUAUCUUGUUCAGAUCACCACGUACUAGGAUUUUGAAGAACUUUCCUGUUGUCAAAGCGAUCACCACUCGUUUUGAAACCUUUGCAAAUACCACUGGGAAUAUACUCGGUACAACAAGCCAGAGUAAAAGCCUCUCGGAACCUUCUUCAACAUCAGUCAAAUGGAAACAGGUCAGCAACGGCCAAUAUAUCAGGCCAUUUGAUCCCUUUGAAAAAAUGUUUUUAUUUUUUUGUCAUGACCCGGCUAGACCGGAAACUCGAAGCCUUGACAUCGUGGCCAGCGUUGGCAUGGAAACUUUACCUAAGGACGCAAAUAAAUUUCUGGAGACGAUCAAAAAAGCAUGGAUCAGACUACGCUAUCUCCAUCCUACUCUUGCCACUGAAGUCGGCCAAGACGAAUUCCGGUACAUGCCUCUCAAAGAUCAAGCGGAUAUUGAUAAUUGGCUGGAGAAGACUUUCAUCAUGAAAGAGUGGGAUUCGGAUAGUGAAAUUCAAGGCUGUCAAGACCUCGGUAUCGCACCUUCUGCCCAGUCGCCUGUGCUUUACUACUUCCCUGGCAAGCAAAAACUUAUUCUCCGCAUGAAUCAGAUGCACGGGGAUGGACAGGCAGUUGUGAUUUUGUUACAAGACCUCUUUACUGAGAUCCAACGCUUGAACUUGGGCGGAGAAACUGUGAAUGAACCUUGGGGUGCGGAAGUACAGAGCCUUGCUUCUGGUGGAUUCGACGCUGCGGGAAUAACCGCUUUGGAAAAUUCCUGGUCCUCGAAUUUUGUCUCGACUUUGCCCCAGCUACGAGCAGAGGGAAAGGCGUUCGAAAUACCUUCCGUUGAUAACACGCACCCACCUGGAGCAGGCAAGACACAAUCUCUCGAGUUUUCCGAAAACGAAACAUCUGAGCUUCGGGAUCAAGCUAAAAAUCAAAAUUUGGGGCUUACUGCUUUCUUGCAUGCAGCACUUCUCUAUGCCGGAAAGAGAAUUAGUCCCAGUUCUGAAAGUAUGAUCCACUCAGCCGUUCUUAUUUUCAGUUUUCGAGAAAGAUGUACAGACUCGCCUCCCAAUGCCAAUUCAAGAGCUGCUGCUCUGCGGAUUGGCUUUUGGCCUGUACAGGUGCUGAUAACGGAUAAAUUUCAACGUACCGCCUUGCGUAUUAAAAAUGCAUACAAGGCUCUCGCUCAUCGAAAGUCUGCUGCCCUCGUCACGAUGGUGCCAUAUUUGCAGAAAUCCGCGUCAGAAUUGUCUCAAGAAUACUUCAAGGGAAUACUGCCCAGCUUCAUUGGGAAUGUCUCGAAAGCCUUCCCGAAAAGCUACGGCUCUUUCAAAAUCCGGGACUUCUGGAUGGCUGGGGUGCCAACUGACGAACGAAUUUAUUUCGGAUUCCAGACCUUUGGUAAUAAAUUGUCUAUCAGGGCCUGUUACAACCAAACAUAUCAUACAGACGAGCAGAUAGCCGACUACCUUCUGCAUAUUAGACAAGAGAUGUAUGCCGGUCUGACAUCUGAUGUCGAAAGCUCAAUUUUCUGUCGACGGUGA